UCCCUCCGCCCUACGCGCUUCCGCCCUAACGAUCCGCUCCAAAGAUGGCGGCGCCCUGCAGAGAGCGGAGCGGCGGCGCCGCCAGCCUGUGGGCCUCGCUGCUCCUGGCGGCCGUGGCGCUGCGGCCGGCCGAAGCCGUGUCCGAGCCCACAACCGUGGCGUUCGACGUGCGGCCCGGCGGCGUCGUGCACUCCUUCUCCGAGAACGGGGGCCCGGGGGACAGAUAUACCUGCAAGUUUACUUACGCCUCUCAGGGCGGGACCAACGAGAGGUGGCAGAUGAGCCUGGGCACCAGCGAGGACCACCAGCACUUCACCUGCACCAUCUGGAGACCUCAGGGCAAGUCCUACCUCUACUUCACGCAGUUCCAGGCCGAGGUGCAGGGCGCCGAGAUCGAGUACGCCAUGGCCUACUCUACAGCUGCCUUUGAGAGUGGGAGCGACAUACCCCUGAAAAGUGACGAGUUUGAAGUCACCAAAACGACAGUGUCCCACAGGCCCGGGGCCUUCAAGGCCGAGCUGUCCAAGCUGGUGAUUGUGGCCAAGGCGUCGCGAAGCGAGCUGUGACCGGCCCGCGGGGCGGAGCCGGGCAGCGGGGGAAGCUUGGACCCGUGGUGCGACCCUCACGGUGCGGUACCGAGUGGGUGCUGAGGCCUGUCCUGGACCCCCGGGGCUCCUCCGAGCAGCGGGACACGCCCACAGCUCCUCUGGCCGCCCUGUCUGGAAGCCGCGGCCCAGGGGGCGGGCCAGGGAGGGUCCCGCCUGGCCUGCCGCCCGCCUCCCCACCCGGCCUCACUUUAAGCCAAGCCUGGAAGAUGUGGACGUGCCCCGUGCUAAAGUGAAGCGGGGGGGGGGGGGCGGGUUGGGGGGCAGAGCCACAGCACAACGGAGGGCGCGGGCCCUGCACUCCGCAGACCCGGGUUCUGUCCCCGGCACCCCAUGGGGUCCCCCAGCACCGCCAUGAGUGACCCCUGAGUGCAGAGCCGGGAGCAAGCCCUGAGCGUCGCCGGGUGCGGCCCAAAAAAUAGAUACAAAUAAAUAAUGAAUAAUGAAA